AGAACCAGCUGCAUUUCGAGGCCGCAGUCAGCACGCAGGUCUCCGACCCCUGCCAUGGCCCUGUGGACACGCCUGCUGCCCCUGCUGGCCCUGCUGGCCCUCUGGGCGCCCACUCCGGCCCAGGCCUUUGUGAACCAGCACCUGUGUGGCUCCCACCUGGUGGAGGCUCUGUACCUGGUAUGCGGGGAACGUGGCUUCUUCUAUACACCCAAGGCCCGCCGGGAGGCUGAGGACCCGCAGGCGGCCGAGGUGGAGCUGGGCGGCCUGCAGCCCCUGGCCCUGGAGGGGCCCCUGCAGAAGCGCGGCAUCGUGGAGCAGUGCUGCACCAGCAUCUGCUCUCUCUACCAGCUGGAGAACUACUGCAAUUAGGGUGCCCUUGGCCCCCCGUGACCCAAUAAACCCCUCAGAUGAGC